UUUACUUUCAUCUCAUCGCCACUAUAAAUAGGAAUUUCACACUCACCUCUCACCUUCACUACUCGAGAGCUAAAGCAUUCUUCUUUUUCCUUUUUUCAAAUGUAAAAAUGUCAAAAAUCUCUCCUCCGAAUUCCGGUUGUCGGAUGUAUGAAGCUCGUUUCCCGGAGGUAGAUAUUCCGGUGAUGAUUCAGGUAAAAGAAAUUCUCGAUGUAGCAACUCACGUGGCUUUACUGGAAUACAACAACAUUGAAGGUAUGAUCAUGUUAUCGGAUCUCUCGCGACGCCGUAUUCGAAGUGUUGGAGGCCUACUCAAAGUCGGUCGUAUCGAACCUGCUAUAGUUCUUCGUGUUGAUGCUGACAAAGGUUAUAUUGAUUUGAGCAAAAAACAAUUAACUGAAGAGGAUAAACAAGUUUGUGAAGAGAGAUAUGCUAAGAGCAAGCUAGUGCAUUCGAUUAUGCGUCACGUUUCUGAAACUAUGAAAAUUGAUCUCGAGGAUUUGUACAUUCAUGUUGGCUGGCCUUUAUACCGAAAGUAUGGUCAUGCAUUUGAGGCAUUCAAAUGUAUUGUUAAUGAUCCUGAUUCUGUGCUUAAGCCAUUGACUCGUGAACUUAGAACAAUUGGUGCAGAUGGGAGGCAGGUGAUUAAGGUGGUUCCUGCCAUAUCAGAGGAAGUGAAAGAGGCUCUGGUUAGAAAGAUUAGAAGACAAAUGACUCCAAAACCAGUAAAUCUAUGCGCUUAUAUCGAGAUGACAUGUUUUGAGUAUGACGGCGUCUUCCACAUUAAGGAAGCCAUGCGAAAAGCUGAAGCGGUCAGCACCAAGGAGUGCCCAGUGAAGAUGAAAUUGGUUGCUGCACCUUUAUAUGUUAUUAUUACUCUGACUCUAGCCAAGGAACAAGGGAUCAAAAUUCUUAAUCAAGCGGCUGCUGCUUGCAUGAAUUCAAUAGAGGGGCAUAGAGGCAAACUUAUCAUAAAAGAGUCACCUCGAGCAGUUAGUGAACAAGGGGACAAACUGCUUACAGAACAGAAAGCUUAUUCUGAACUUCAAAAGGCAGAGGUUAGUCGUGAUGAAGAUAGUGGGGGGGAAGAAGAUACAGGCAUGGGCCUUGUUGAUUUGGAAAGCAUAAGUUCCUUUGGGAUUGAAGACUAGAGAUGUUGGAAAUUCGUGAUCAGGUGACAACAUAGGUGAGUUCAAAGAUUUGCAUCUGUUAAAUUUUGUCCUAGUUCGUGUAAUUCUUGGCGGAUUUGGUUAUCUGUGUAUAAACUGAGGUUUUCGUUGGUAGAAUUCUGGAUUUUGCACUUGCAAUAUCAUUGAUAUGUGCUGUUAUUGGGUACUACAUGAUUAUGGUUAGAGUUGUUUUUGUUUCUUGAACAGUUUUACUCUUGAGUACUUUCAUAGUCAUGUAGCUAGUAAUAUG